CAAUGCUUUUUUCUUUUUACGUCUUUUCUUUUUUUCUCUCUCUAUCCCUCCCUUCUUACCUUCUUUUGUAUUUCAUUCAUUUGUGUGGGGAUUUCUCUCUCUGCCUGCCUGAACACAGAGCUCUCGGAUGUGCCUUGGGCAACAGACAGACAGAAAACACGGAAAAGGAGACAGACAGUUUACACUCGGGGUGAAGACUGUGUUACACAUUUAAAGUGUUAAACUGAGAAAGAGAGAGGUGAAGCAGGGUUGAACAGAUUUUGAGGCGUGUUGGUUGAGUUGUCUGGGUCAGGAUGGACAACAUGAUGCUACAGGAGAAACUGGUGGAGAAACUUCUGUGCCCCCGAACCCGAACCACCCGACAGAAGGAUAAGCAGUAUGUUGGCUUUGCAACGCUUCCUAAUCAGGUGCACAGGAAGUCAGUGAAGAAGGGCUUUGAUUUCACUCUAAUGGUGGCAGGUGAAUCUGGUUUGGGCAAGUCUACUCUAGUUAACAGCCUCUUCCUCACAGAUCUCUAUAAAGACAGAAAAUUACUAAAUGCAGAAGAACGCAUUCAUCAGACUGUUGAAAUCACCAAACACACAGUGGACAUCGAAGAGAAAGGAGUCAAACUCAAACUCACCAUCGUGGACACGCCAGGGUUUGGAGACGCUGUUAAUAAUAAUGAAUGUUGGAAGCCCAUCACAGACUACAUUGAUCAACAGUUUGAGCAGUACUUCAGGGACGAGAGUGGACUUAACAGAAAGAACAUACUUGACAACAGAGUACACUGCUGUCUGUACUUCAUACCGCCAUUUGGACAUGGGUUGCGGCCGGUGGAUGUGGCGUUCAUGAAGGCGCUACAUGAGAAAGUGAACAUUGUUCCUCUGAUCUCUAAAGCCGACUGUCUCACUCCCAAUGAAGUCAAAAAACUCAAGGACAGGGUGCGAGACGAGAUUGAGCGAUUUGGGAUAAAAGUGUAUCAGUUUCCUGAAUGUGACUCUGAUGAAGAGGAGGAGUUUAAAAAGAUGGACAAAGAACUGAAGGAGUGUACUCCAUUUGCUGUCAUUUGCAGUAAUGCAGUAGUGGAGGCCAGAGGCCAGCGGGUCAGAGGGCGUCUUUACCCCUGGGGUACAGUAGAAGUGGAGAAUCAGUCUCACUGUGACUUUGUGAAGUUGAGGAACAUAUUGAUUCGCUCUCACAUGCACGACCUGAAAGACGUGACCUGUGAUGUGCACUACGAAAACUACAGAGCGCAUUGCAUACAGGAGAUGACCAGUAAACUUGUGCAGGAUAACCUUACAGACAGCCCGCUACCCAUCAUGCCAUUGCCCACACCAGACGUGGAGACGGAGAGGCUUAUCAAGAUGAAAGAUGAAGAGCUGAAGAGAAUGCAAGAGAUGCUGGAGAAGAUGCAAAAACAGAUGCAUGACAAAGAUCAGUGACACACACACUGCAGCUCUCAGAUGUGAAUGCAUUUAAAUGAUACUGUACAGAUAUCAUAUAUACAGGUUUAUCAGAUUCAGUCUUACAUUUGCUGUACAUUUAUUUGCUCAUUGUUUCUGUUUGCCUGGAUCAAAUAUGGUGCAGCUGCCAUGCUCUUGUCUAAGAGAAACAUAAAAAACGGUAUUAUUAACUUAAAUUAACUUUUAAGGGGUCUAAUUUAUAUGUACUUUUUUAUUUGCUUAGCCAGAUGAAUGUGUGAGUUUUUCUAUAAUAUUAUUUUCUGAAACAGUGCGGUGGACAUGUGUUGAUAUGUAUGAGAUAGAUUUUGUGCAUUUGUUGGAUUCAAUGGCAGUUUUGUUUUUUAUAUUGUUCGAAGUGAAUGUGCAGAUACGAUUUAAAUAAUUGUUACCAAUAAACUUUCUCAGUUCAGACUGUGCAUCUUUGCUUGUUUGACAAUAAUAAUAUAAAUUAUAUUAGUGUUGUUGGUGAAUUACUAUAUAGUAAAUCUUGAAGU